AUGUUUAUGCCGGCAGCAGCUGCAUCAGGUGGUGCACAAUUAACAAGUGAAUCUACAACAUGCUCACAAGCAGUAUUAAAAUGCAAGCCUCAGGUGUCGAUCCGAAGUUUCAUUUAUCAUGCACUUAAUCAAUCUUAUGAAGCAAAACACCCUAUGAUCUUUGAGGUCUCACAGAAGCAGAGGGUAAUUGUCUCUUCAGAUGCCAACAGUACAGGACCAUAG